ACCCCUGACGUGCACAAGGUCCUGAAAAUAAAUCAGUUCCUUUUGGGUACCAUGGCUGGUGGUGCGGCUGACUGUUUGUACUGGGAGCGUGUGCUGUCUAAACAGUGCAGACUGUUUGAACUGCGCAAUAAGGAAAGGAUAUCCGUUGCUGCGGCUUCAAAACUUUUAUCCAAUAUGCUGUAUAAUUACAAGGGUUAUGGGCUCUCUCUAGGUACCCUGAUUGUUGGUUACGACAAGCUUGGUGCUGGAUUAUACUAUGUAGACAAUGACGGAACAAGGUUAACAGGUGAUUACUUUUCGGCUGGGUCUGGCAGUACACACGCAUACUCAAUCCUUGACGGAGAACACAGGUUUGAUUUAACUGAUGAACAGGCUAUCGAUCUCGGACGCAAAGCUAUUUACCACGCCACAUAUCGAGACCCAGCAUCUGGUGGAGUUAACAACUUACAUCUUGGAGACCUUCUGGAUCGGGGAUAUUUCGAAAGUGAUGAAGACUUCGAAGAGGAUGUUAAAAUUGUCAGGGAUAUAUUUGCUGUAGAUUCGUCAACCACUGCCUUCAAGAUUAUUCCUGGCAACCAUGAUCUUGGCUUCCACUACCACCUUCGCCCCCACACCUACCGGCGCUUCUCCCGUGCCUUCCUGCAGAACCCGUCGGAUGCAGGUGCGAAUCCGUUGACCUUGUGGGCACACAAGGGCUUGCUGUUUGUCUUCGCUAACAGUAUGGCAUUUGAGGGUGAUGGAUGUCAAUUCUGCCGGCGGACUGACGAGUCUUUGCAGAUCCUCUCUACGCGACUUCAGUGCCUGCGCGGCGAACUGGCCUUAGAUUCUUGCCAGGGCGACUUUGAGGCAAUCACGGAGUUCGGGAGCGAUGGUGCGUUUGUUGGUCGAAUUAUCCUUUUAUUUGUUAAAGGGAUCGCCAGGUUGACUAUGAAUGAACACUUCCCGUUAUACCGGCCGGACGAAACAGUGUGCAAGGGGGGAGAGCGCGACUCGAUGCCGGAGGCGGAGCGUAAAACUCCCUACAAACCCGACUUCGACUGUCUUUCUGACUCCACGACCAGACAGAUAUUUUUCUCAAUUCGGCCACGGCUUGUGUUUGGUGGACACUCCCACUACUACUGCCAUCGAAACCACACUAUUCGGUUCCGUUUGAAUGAACAGUGGAAGUCGGAAGAGUGGAGCCUUCCUGCCUUCUCCUAUCGCGUCUCCAAGAACCCCGGCUUCGUAUUGUUUGAAAACUGCUCUUUGCCACGAAAAAGACUGGCCAAUUCCCUAGCACUAAAACUACCCCCUCCUAUGCCCCUUCAGCUUCACGCCUCGCCGAAUGGUUACGCGGUGCGUCGGUGCCACCUCCCAACCGAGGUCACAAUGGCUCUCAACUACGUCGUUGGUCUUUGUUUGAUCGCCCUCGUGUACCUCCUGCUGCGUAGGUGCUCCACCAACGCAGUCGCCGACGAGGCAGAGACUACAGCCAAUGCGAAGAAGCGAAUCGGCCCGCAGCUGGCCCCGGACGCCAUGGCACCCAGUGGGGGUAUCGGCCCAGCACUGCCGGAACACCUCGUUCGAGCCCAACUUGCCGAGCAGGCAGAACACGACCCUGGCGGGGGUGGUGUAGAUGUAGCUUCGAUUGGUCCCUUGCUGCCUGGCUACGAAGUUGUUGAGGAACUAAGGCAUUCUACGUCAUCGGCUUCACGCAAAGAGGCAAGUUCUCGUUUCGGAAAUGCCAUGUUUUGCGCCCUUUUUGAACAAAAUUUCCUCCUAUUUAUCUCUUAUUUGAAUAGUAUGCAACUCCGCUUACCUGAUAUGCUAAUGGGAAACGCAGCAGCGGCCGACGCGGCUGGCGCCAAGUUGGAGCGGGAGGCCUGGAUGACGGACUACCUGCCGGUGUCCACCGACCCCCUGGCCGCUCUCAAGCCACGCAAGUUUCGUCAAAAUGCUCCCUUGACCUCCGGUUUGGAUGCCUCGUGGUUCACUGUGGCCAACUCCGUCGAUGGCGAAAAGUCGCAAACCGCAUCGGCUACUGCUGGUGUAAAAAUGCCUCCUACAUAUUGCUUGUUGUCCUUUUUAUGCCUCCUUUUAGCCACUUCUCAUCUCACCGGCCGCUUUAGUUAUUUCGUCUUCUCUCGUGUGCAAUUGUCUGUCCGUGGGCUCGGUAAUUUGUACCUCUUCUGCCAUCCUGUAGCAGUUUCGCUCGAAUCGCGUGAGGCCUCCACACAGCCAAGUGUGAUUCCCAAACCUGACAAACAGUCGACUGUGCUGCUCGAGGCUGCUUCCGCGCGAGACGGCCAGAUGAUGGCUGUUGCCGUCGAAUAUAACAAGAAGCACAAACGCUUCGAAAGUCUACUCGAGUCGCAUCAAAAGAAGCUGGCCAAAGCAGCGAAAAAGGACGAGAAGAGGAGGAAGAAGGAGGAAAGAAAUAAAGUGAAAAAGAAAAGACGGAGCAGCAGCAGCAGCACCAGCUCAAGUAGUAGCAGCAGCAGCAGCAGUUCAAGUGAGGAGGACCGGAGGAGGCACAAGAAGCACGGGCGCCACGAACAUCGACACCGCAAGAAGAAGCACAGCAAAAAGGAGGGGAAGGGUAAGAAGGAAGUGCCAGCUGGUCCCACUCGGCAGCCCUUCGACAGGGAACGCGACCUCUUCGGGCACCGCGCUGUCGAAGGUGCUGCGUCGGUGCGCAAUUUUGCCUCAGCAACUGCAACUGCCCAGUUACAGCCUUUCAAGCUCUUUAAACUCAACGAGGGACCAUCACAGACAACAUCCUGCACAAGGGAGGAGGCAUUGAACUACUAUGAGACUAUGCAGCGUAUCCGACGUAUGGAAACCACUUUAAGUACCUUAUAUAAGGAGAAAAAAGUCCGAGGAUUUUGUCACUUAUACUCGGGACAAGAGGCUGUUGCCGUUGGUGUUGAGGCUGCACUUAUCCCCGGGGACGCCAUUAUUACUGCUUACCGUUGCCACGGGUUUGUUGUUACUCGUGGUGAGCCUGUCGCCGGCGUUAUCGGCGAACUAAUGGGAAAGGCCAAUGGGAACGUUGAAGGUAAAGGUGGAAGCAUGCACAUGUACGCCAAAGAAUUUUAUGGCGGCAAUGGCAUUGUUGGAGCUCAAGUCCCUCUUGGUGCAGGCAUCGCCCUCCAUAAGAAACGAACAGGAACAAACAAUGUUUCUGUAACCAUGUAUGGGGACGGAGCUUCUAACCAAGGUCAAGUAUUUGAAGCUUUCAACAUGGCCAAACUUUGGAACCUUCCUUGCAUUUUUAUCUGUGAAAACAAUAAGUAUGGCAUGGGCACUUCUGCCCAACGAUCCUCUGCUAACACCGCCUACUACACUCGUGGUGAUUUUAUCCCCGGUAUCUGGGCCGAUGGCAUGGAAGUUUUGACGGUUCGCGAAGCAAUGCGUUAUGCUGCUGAUUGGUGUCGAUCAGGCAAGGGUCCUAUUCUUGUGGAAUUGGAAACAUAUCGUUAUUUCGGCCACAGCAUGUCUGAUCCGGGAACCAGCUAUCGUACCCGUGACGAGAUCCAAACUGUGCGUCGUGAGCGUGACCCAAUCAUCCUUUUCGGACGUUUUAUGACUUCAUCAGGACUCGCCACGGACGAUGAAAUCAAGGCCAUCGAUAAGAAGAUUCGUCUGGAGGUUGAAAAGGAUGUGGAGGAUUGCCAUAAGGCCCCCAUACCCUCACUGGACUCCGCAUACACGCACGUGUACCGCGAGCCGCCAGCUAACUUUACUGUUCGCGGUUCCGAUAUAACGCAGAACAUUGUACCAAAGAAGUAG